AUGCCCAAGCCUAGAACAAGACGUGGCGUCGGCCGCGAGGAGAAGAAGCGAAAGAGGCUCGAAGAGGCUGAACAGCAGCAAGAAUCAUACGAGAACGACUCCAAGCGCCAGCGCACCGUCGAAGAUGAAAACAACAAUGGCUACGAGUACCCAGAUGGCCAAGAUGCUCAGCAAAAUGGCAUUGGCGAAACCGAGUUCUUUGGUAUGCUCGCCGAAGAGGAGCAAGAAUACUUCCGACGCGCCGACGAACUGCUGGAGCUGAACCAAUUCCCCUCGGCUGAAGACCGCGACAUCUUUCUCGAAAACGUUUACAAGGAGGCCCAGGGCAAAGAGCUCAAGCUCGCCAGCAGUCAAUCUUGCUCAAGAUUGAUGGAGCGAAUCAUUCAACUCUCCAAUACCGCACAGAAGAAGCAUCUCUUUGAAGCGUUCGGCGGCCACUUUCUCUCCCUCGUUCAGCACCGGUUCGCUAGCCACUGCGCCGAGGCUCUCUUCUUGAGGUCUGCGGGUGUAGUGUCGCAGGAACUUGCUGGAUUCGUCUUUGACACCAAGGGCACCGAUACGGAUAUGCAAAAGCCCGAGACGUCAAUGGAGGACCAUUUCCUUGCGACACUAGACGAGCUAGAGGGAGCUCUGUCCUAUCUUGUCACCGACCGAUUCGCAUCUCACACCCUGCGCGUGCUCUUGCUUGUCCUCGCCGGCCGACCUUUAGAAGAUGCCUCAGUGCGAAGUCUCGUCAAGAGCAAGAAGAAGGAGAAGAUUUCAGUUGCUGGAUCUGCUGCCACAGAUGAGGCAAACCAGGGCUUGAGAGCAGUGCCUACCUCGUUCGCCCUGGCAGCCAAGAAGAUUAUCCAGGACUCGACCGCAGGAAUGGAUGCUACUGCUUUGCGAGUGCUCGCCAGACACCCCAUCGGAAACCCUACGCUCCAGCUUCUUCUCGAGCUCGACCUUACCCUCAAUAAGGGUGAGCAAAAAGCCGAGUCUGAACAGCCAACCCUGCUCUUCCAGCUCUUGCCCGGUGCUCCCAAGUCGCUAUACGACAGUUCAUCAGAAGCCUCCGAGUUUGUCAACGGCAUGAUCUAUGAUUUAAUCGGAUCGCGACUCAUCGAGACCCUCAUCACACAUAGCCCUGGCAAGAUCUUCAAGGCUCUCAACCAAAACAUUUUCCUGCCCAGAAUCGAGGGUUAUGUCCGAAACGACAUCUCUUCCUAUGCCGCCAUCCGUGUGCUCAACCGCUUGAGUAAGGACGAUCUUGUGCAGGCCGUGGAGAAGAUUGCACCCAGCGUGCCUCAACUGGUUGUCAAGUCCAGGCUCAACGUCCUCAAGACACUUUUCGAGAGAUGCAAUGCUCGUGGAGCCAACGAUGAGAUCAAGAAACUCAACAAGGGGCUAAAGGAGGGAUGCGGCACGACUCCAGCCGACCUGGUCAUCUUCCUUAGUGGUUUGAAAGAUGAGGAACAGAAGAAGAAGGAUGUCCAGCAGCUGUCUAAGAACGAGUACGCUAUUCAGUCUCACGGAGCCCAACUCCUCACCACACUCCUAAAGAUCCCCGGUCCUACUAAGGGUGUUCAAGAAUCUCUUCUUGCCCUUGAGCCGGCUACUAUCGUCCGCCUCGCCACCACCUCCAUGCCUACCGUUACCGUCCUCACAACCGCCCUGUCCAUUUCAUCUGCCAACCCUGCUUUCCACAAGUCCAUCGCUAGCGCCAUCUUGCCUCACACACACGAGCUUGCAGUUUCGCAAUUUGGCCACAACCUAAUCAACGCCAUCGUCGAGGUCCCCAGCAAGGGCAGAGAGCGAAGUAUUCCGUUCCACAUGAAGGAAGCCUUUAUGGCACGACUCGGCGAGCACGAAGCAGAACUCCGAGACAGCUGGAUGGGCAGAAGUGUUUGGCGCAACUGGAAGGGUGAUAUGUGGAAGACACGCCGCGGAGAUUGGAAGAUCUGGAUGAAAGAGGUUGAUGUUGACAUUCCCUCAACCCUGCCUCAGCGUGGACCCAAGACUGCAGAGAAGGAGAAGCCAAGAUCUAAACCUACUGAGGAGAUCAUGGAGGAGCCUAUCGUAGAGGAGCCUGUUGUCGAAGAGCCUGUUGCUGAGGAUAAGAUGGACGUGGAUGAGCCGGUUGAGCAGGCUGAUAACGACGACGAUGCCAAGAAGGAGAAGAAGAAGAGCAAGAGGGACAAAAAGGAGAAAAAGGAGAAAAAGGAGAAGAAAGACAAGAAGGAAAAGAAGAAGAAGAGUAAAUCUGACGAUGCCAAGGCAGACGAUGAGAUGGAGGAGUAA